AAACCUAAACAAGCUUUUAAAUCAUCUAACAUAAGCAAUCAACUCCCAAGUUUUUAUAUUGUUUGAUUUCUUUCCUUACAAUGGGGUUGGACAGCAUACUAGGUUAUCUGCAGAAUAAGACAAUUUUGAUCACUGGUGCGACCGGCUUCCUUGGAAUGGUGUUUGUGGAGAAAAUUCUAAGGGUGCAACCAAAUGUGAAGAAGCUCUAUCUUCUUGUAAGAGCCUCUGAUACCAAGUCAGCAACACAUCGCAUGCAAGAUGAGAUUAUAGGGAAGGAAUUGUUCAGGGUUCUGAGGGAGAAAUGGGGGGCAGAUUUUGAUUCUUUCAUUUCCGAAAAAGUUGUUGCUCUCCCAGGAGAUGUCACUUUCGAGAACCUCGGAGUGAAAGAACCCAGAUUGGUGGAAGAACUAUACAAUGAAAUACAGAUAAUAUUCAACUCUGCAGCCAUCACCAACUUUGACGAAAGAUAUGAUAUUUCACUGGCGGUAAAUACUUUUGGAGUUCUGCAAGUGUUAAGCUUUGCGAACAAAUGUUUCAAACUACAGAUACUUCUCCAUGUAUCAACUGCUUACGUGUGUGGGGAAAGGGCGGGGCUCAUACCAGAAGACUCAUCUUCAAUGGAUAAGAUGGUAAAGGAGAUGGGUAAUUUUGAUUUUGAAGCAGUGGAAAAGGGCCUUGUGCAGGAGAAAUUGAAUGAACUAAAAGCACUAGAUGCUUCAGAAGAAGUUGUUACAAACACAAUGAAGGAUUUUGGCAUUAACAGGGCUAGACUAUAUGGAUGGCCAAACACGUAUGUGUUCACAAAAGCAAUGGGUGAAAUAUUUCUACAACGCUCGAAAGACAAUUUGCCUCUUGUGGUCGUACGUCCAACAAUAGUUACUAGCACUUACAAAGAACCAUUUUCCGGUUGGAUCCAAGGUUUCAGAACUAUUGAUAGUGUAAUUGCUGGUUAUUGCAAAGGCAAGCUGACAUGCUUGCUUGUCGAUCCUGCAACAGUACUCGAUAUAAUUCCUGUUGACAUGUUGGUAAAUUCAAUAAUCAUAGCAAUGGUGGCAAAUGCAAAUCAGUCUUCUGGAAAUAUUAUUUAUCAUGUCGGAUCCUCACUGAGAAACCCUUUGAAUUUCUUUCAAAUGCACAACUUUAUCUUCCAAUACUUCACCAAGAAUCCAUGGCUUGAUAAGGAUGGUAAGCCUGUCAUUGUUACCAAGGGUACAAUAUUGACGACUAUGGCUACUUUUCGCAUGUACAUGAAUAUUCGCUACAUGCUACCUUUGAAGGGAUUGAAGUUCAUGAACAAAGCAUUCGGCCAGUAUUUCCAAGAGAUAUAUGUCAACUAUAGUCGGAAACUCGACUUAGUCAUGCGCUUGGUAGAGCUAUACGAACCCUAUAUGCUAUUCAAAGGAAUCUUUGAUGACACCAAUACAGAGAAGUUGUGGAGGACAGCAAGGGAGAGUUUCAUAGAGGUUGAAAGUUUUAAUUUUGAUGCGACAUGCAUAGAUUGGGAAGAGUACAUCAUGCAUACUCACAUUCCUGGCCUCCUAAAACAUGUUUUGAUCAAAUGAUAACUACAUCUGAGAAGCACAUACAUUGUCACACGUCAUACAUGAAUCUUGUUAUAACUCAUAUAAUUGAAGAAGGAAAUUAGGUGGUCCAAAGUUCUUUCCUAUACUUUAUAUGGAUGAUCAGUUUAUCGUUGUGGUUGAUCCAAUAUUAUGAAUUAUCGCUUUUCUUUGUUGUUUAGGGUUUAUUUUAUUUUUAUAUUUUUAAAGAAUGUGUUAUUCUUUUAGCGAUUUAGUCUUCGAAAUGACAUUAUGUAUUCAUUAUUUCAAUACUAUAAUUAUCGGCAAAUGCAACAUUUGCUUUGCCACGAAUUAAACAA